AUCAUUAUAAAUUGUUUGAUCAUAUACGUAUUAAGAAUUGGACACCUGAUUCGUGUGUCAAUCUAAUCCAUAAGCGUCGAAACACGUUCAAGUACAUACUUACAUACUCGGUGUCGUUGAGUGUAUAACCACAAUGGCGUUCAAUUUGGCCGCUUUUUCAUAUAUUGUGGCUUUAAUUACAGAUGCUUUCUUGAUAUUCUUCGCAAUAUUUCAUGUUAUUGCGUUCGAUGAAUUAAAGACUGGGUAUAAAAAUCCGAUUGAACAGUGUAACAGUUUAAAUCCGCUAGUUAUUCCAGAAUAUAGCCUGCAUAUUGUGAUUAACAUUUUAUUUCUAAUAAGUGGACAAUGGUUUGCAUUAUUCCUCAAUAUUCCAUUAAUAGCAUAUCACUUAUGGCAGUAUUGGCAUAGACCUGUCAUGUCUAAACCAGGCCUCUACGACCCCACUAGUAUAAUGAAUGCUCAAGUUUUAACAGCUCAUCAAAGGGAAGGAUGGAUUAAACUUGCAUUUUAUCUCUUGUCGUUUUUCUAUUAUUUAUACGGCAUGAUCAGUUUAUUGAUUCAAUGAACAAAGUAUUUUUAAUUCUAUUUUUCAUAAUAAUUUAUCAUCUUGUCUUUAGUACAAUACAAUUCGCAGAUCCGAUGUUAUUCGUCAACAUAUAAGAAAAAACAAGAUUGACCAUUUUGUUAAAAUAUUAC